AUGGCUGCAGACACUCAAUCCACUUCUGCUUCCGCUCUCUCCGCCGUCCCGUUCCUCGACGAGGAGAACUGGGUCGAGUUCCUCCGAAGAAUCGGCUUCGCCCUCGUUAACAAGAACUACAUUUACGAAAAAAUUCUCCAAGGAACAAAAGUCCGACCAGUCCGCAUCUCAAUCGAGACGGAGCUUGCGUUUAAAAAGAGACUCGACGCAUGGGACGAACUCCAGACUCAAGGCUGCUCUCUCGUCCGCAGCAGACUCGGGCCAAUUGCCGCAGACUUCGCUGAAGGAAAAGGAAUAGGCCUAACUAUCAUCGGGACCACCGAAGAGCACGAUCUUAAAAAGUUAUUAAUGGUAGACUUAAAAGAACGAUUCCGGCCUAAAGGAGUCUCUAUAUUCUACCGCCUCCAGUCAGCACUUCUCGCUCUUCGUAUAGACGAGUUCGAUAAUAUUACCUCUUUUAAUAACGAAUUCGUACGACUAAACGGCCAGCUCAAGCUCUUCGGUAGCAACACUCAGCUCUCUGCUCUAUGGAUGGUUGGAGUCUACCUUAGCCAGCUACCUCCUUCGUACGAGAACUUCAAGUCUAACUGGAUCUCGAAUAAUAACUAUAUCGACGGUGAUAAGUCCAAGACCGCUCUUGCCGAACUUAUGGCUGCUACUCGCAAGGAAGAGCUAACCCUUAAAUCGAUCUAG